GCCGCCAACCGAAUCCGCAUCUCGUCGUUCGCAACGCAAUUCCGUUCAUUCAGCCAUCUCCGAGCUUCCCCAAACCUUGCCCAUCAUGAAGCCCGUCGUCAGCGCGUUCAACGCCUGGUCUUGCACCGUCCUCUCAGUCUUUGCCAUCGUUAUCCUCAGCAUCCUCGCCCUCCUAUACCGAACCGGACACGAGGAGUUUACUGGCGGCGUGGGAGACCCCGAUGAUGGCAAGGCGGUUUCGGGAACCAUCUUCACUGCUGUUCUCGUAUACGUUGCAUUCUUCAUCUUCUGCGGCAUCCAAGGCCUCAUGCACGCCCGAGAAAGCCGAAGAGGCGCGAUCGCUCUGUAACAACGACACAACUUCCAGCGAGUAGAGCACGACGCGGAACCUGGCGUUCUGGGAACUUGAUCGAUUUCAGUUUUGGGCUGGCAAUUGUAUUUGAAAGAGAAGCAUAACCCUGCGUGUUUGGGACCGAUGGCACGUCACAUGGGGUGUUAAUCAAGGGGCGUGGACUCGAUGAAAGGUCCGCCAUGUACGGAAUAUUCGAUUGCUUAGACUGAUUGCGCAUUUUAUUGUACUAAACUAUGGACUUAUCAUUGCCUUUGAGGAUCUAUACUUGCUAUUUGG